AUGCCUGACGAUACAUCUAAAUCAGCAUCUAUUCCUUCAUGGCAGACGGCCAAUAAAACGACCGAAGAGUCGCCAUCGCCGACCUCCGACAAUGCGCUCGCAACUACAGCCUCCACAUCCCGACAAGCUCUCCUAGACCAAGCAUCCAAAUUCCUAGAAGACGAGUCAAUCCGCGAUGCACCCACAGAGCGCAAAGUCUCAUUCCUUGAAUCAAAAGGCCUAAGCUCAGACGAUAUCGAGCAGGUCCUCGGCAUCUCUCGUAACGCAGAGCCGAGUAGCAGCUCAACCGCAGCCGAGGACAAGACACAGGAAGAGGAGCCAUCUACCUCACCCAUUCAAUCCGAAGCAACCCCUUCCCCUCCUACCACCACCACUUCAUCACCACCCUCCAACACCAUGCCUCAAUCACACCCAGCACCAGCACCAACCACGGCCCCCCGCGACGUUCCCCCAAUAAUCACCUACCCCGAAUUCCUCUUCGAUCUCCUGUACACACUAUACGGCGCCGCAGGCCUAGGAGCAAGUCUCUACGGCGCAAGCGAGUACCUCGUGAAACCCAUGCUAGCGAACCUAACAAGCGCACGACACGAGCUCGCCAACACAGCAGAAACAAACCUGCAAAAGCUCAACGAGAAGCUGGAGAAGACAGUAUCCGUGAUCCCGGCUGAGUUAACAGCACGCAAGAGCAAGUCCUACAACGACGAAGAAGACGACGACGCUUCGUCGAUCACCUCGGACCCAACCGAGCUGUUUCACCGAGACGUCGCAACACAGACAAGUCCAGAGCCCACACCUGUGGUCGGCGCUACCGGCGCCGUUAACUCGGCGGACUCGGCGGCUGUCUCUCCAUUGGCUGCGGUUGAUAACCACAUCAGCCGUGUUGAGUCUAUUACCUCGAAACUGCGGGAGAUCGUUGACUCGGAGAAGGAUGCGAGUACGUUGGAUGACUCGACGCGGACGCGUCUUACGGAGUUGCAUCAUUACUGUGAUGGGUUGAUCUAUAGUGGUCCUACGUACUCUACUGGGUCGUAUGGGGUCUGGAAUUCCAAUACCUCGGGCUCAAAUGAUAACUCUAGUAUGCGGAAGGCGGAGGAUGAGGCUAUUGCUGGAUUUAGGGCUGAUAUUCGUGGUGUGAAGGGUGCGCUGUUGAGUGCGCGUAACUUCCCUGCUAGUCGUGGUGGACGGCUUGGUGGUCUUCCCGUCGGUGGACGGUGA